UACUGUUUAUAUUUAGGUGCAGGAACUCCACAAUAUUUUUGAGCUAAUUAUUCUAUGAAGAACAAGAGCUCAAGCAUUAGAACAUUUGAGGUGCCAGAGUACUGGUGAGCUCCUGUCUAAGUCAAGCACUGAGUGUCAGUAGUGUUUCACCUUUAUGUAAACUCAUAGGCUAUUUCCCAACAAAUAAUAGGUCAAUAUUACUGUUUGUGUUUGGGCCUAGGCCUAUAUCUAUUCAUUAUUCUUUGAAACCAUACAUUUUUUCAAGCUAAAUAGCUUCUCACAAGCGGGCAAGGCAUGAAAUAGAUAGCCUAGGGCUCAACUAUAGGCUAAAAUACCAUGCACAGCAGGUGGAUUACCUCAUUGCCGCGUGGGGUGAUGGUAAAUGACAACUCCGCUCACUCAUAUCACCAUCAACACUCAGGGAGAAUGGCACGCUGGACGGCGGACAAAUUCAACCAUGGUUAGAUGGUUUGCGACCAUCAGAUCCGCAAUUUGUGCAUUCCGGUCGAUGAGUGCAGGCUACGAAGUAAGUUCUGUUAAUCUUGCACCUGAAUAUAGACAAUUACAGCCUAUUAUAAAUGACUUUCGUAUGACAAAAUCAGUUAGUCUUAGCCUAAAUAGUUAUUUUGUAAUUUCUAAAAUGAAUGUCCCUCUAUUCUAGACUCUAGUGGUAUAACCAAGGGAAAUACCUUCAUCAUCGUAUCAUCACCAUUAUCAUCAUCAUCAUCACCACUAUUCAUGCCAACACCUUGUUAUUUGAUAAAGGACUAUACACACUUCUGUGAGAUAACAUACACUUUUAUGAUUAUUUUUUAAACUCUUUUGUAGGCGACUGAGAGUUAAAAUACAGAAGAGGUUAUUGUAGGUUCAAUAGGCUGUGUCGUUGUGUAAGGGAUUUUCUAAAUCCUCCUGAAGCAAGAAGCUAAACCUACUUUAGUUUAUCCAGCUGGCCGACUGACUUGCAUAGCCUAUCAACAAAAUGUCUGCAUCUUGUCAGAUACAGUAUUUCUGUGCGUGUUUUGCAAUUGUGACCCUUUUCAUAAUUUACCAAUCUGACGUUAGGUGGCAGUACUGUCGCUUGCAUAGACGUCCUUAUGAAGUCUGCUAUAUGAGUUAUGAAAUGUAAACUUCUAGAAGCAAAUAAUUCACACCAACUAUUUGGAUAGUUUCAUCAGAGUGAAUAUUUACUUUAUAUAAUGUAAAGUGAUAAAUGAAUUUAACUAAUCACAUAAUGCAUUUUUGCAGCGUUUAGGGAUGGCCACAACAUGGCAGAAAAUCAAACUGUUCUACCAAGGGGUGCUAGAGGAUGGAGGUAACUAUGUCCAGCUUCUAAGACCAGACAGUGCUCACUGAAGUUCUCCAUUCUAUAUACUCCAUUCCAUUUUCUUAUCCUAUAGUAAUGAUGUCUCUGUGUGCUUUCAGACAAAAGAACCGACAGCUGGUUGCUGGUGUACUCACCUGUGCCAAUCACCUGCAUCUUCCUGUGCUACCUGCUCCUCAUAUGGGUGGGCCCCAAGCUGAUGGCUCAUAGACAGCCAGUCAACCUCAAGCCUGUGCUCAUCAUUUACAACUUUGCUAUGGUCUGCCUGUCUGCCUACAUGUUCUAUGAGGUAUGGAAACAGGGGAAAGCAUGGAUAACUUGUAGGUAUUUUACCCAUCUUGGAUGUGCUUUGGAUCUAUUGUACACAGUACAGUACCUAUCGAUAUCCUUGUUAUACAGUUGAAGUCGGAAGUUUACAUACACCUUAGGCAAAUACAUUUAAACUCAGUUUUUCACAAUUCCUGACAUUUAAUCCUAGUAAAAAUUCCCUGUCUUAGGUCAGUUAGGAUCACCACUUUAUUUUAAGAAUGUGAAAUGUCAGAAUAAUAGUAGAAAGAAUGUUUUUAUUUCAGCUUUUAUUUCUUUCAUCACAUUCCCAGUGGGUCAAAAGUUUACAUACACUCAAUUAGUAUUUGGUAGCAUUGCAUUGAAAGUGUUUAACUUGGGUCAAACGUUUCGGGUAGCCUUCCACAAGCUUCCCACAAUAAGUUGGGUGAAUUUUGGCCCAUUCCUCCUGACAGCUGGUGUAACUGAGUCAGGUUUGUAGGCCUCCUUGCUCGCACACGCUUUUUCAGUUCUGCCCACACAUUUUCUAUAGGAUUGAGGUCAGGGCAUUGUGAUGGCCACUCCAAUACCUUGACUUUGUUGUCCUUAAGCCAUUUUGCCACAACUUUGGAAGUAUGCUUGGGGUCAUUGUCCAUUUGGAAGACCCAUUUGCGACCAAGCUUUAACUUCCUGACUGAUGUCUUGAGAUGUUGCUUCAAUAUAUCCACAUAAUUUUCCUUCGUCAUGAUGCCAUGUAUUUUGUGAAGUGCACCAGUCCCUCCUGCAGCAAAGCACCCCCACAGCAUGAUGCUGCCACCCCCGUGCUUCACGGUUGGGAUGGUGUUCUUCGGCUUGCAAGCGUUCCCCUUUUUUCUCCAAACAUAACGAUGGUCAUUAUGGCCAAACAGUUCUAUUUCUGUUUCAUCAGACCAGAAGACGUUUCUCAAAAAAGUACGAUCUUUGUCCCCAUGUGCAGUUGCAAACCGUAGUCUGGCUUUUUUAUGGCGGUUUUGGAGCUGUGGCUUCUUCCUUGCUGAGCGGCCUUUCAGGUUAUGUCGAUAUAGGACUCGUUUUACUGUGGAUAUUUCCUCCAGCAUCUUCACAAGGUCCUUUGCUGUUGUUCUGGGAUUGAUUUGCACUUUUCGCACCAAAGUACGUUCAUCUCUAGGAGACAGAACGCGUCUCCUUCCUGAGCCGUAUGACUGCUGCGUGGUCCCAUGGUGUUUAUACUUGCGUACUAUUGUUUGUACAGAUGAACGUGGUACCUUCAGGCGUUUGGAAAUUGCUCCCAAUGAUGAACCAGACUUGUGGAGGUCUACAAUUCUUUUUCUGAGGUCUUGGCGAAUAUCUUUUGAUUUUCCCAUGAUAUCAAGCAAAGAGGCACUGAGUUUGAAGGUAGGCCUUGAAAUACAUCCACAGGUACACCUCCAAUUGACUCGAAUGAUGUCAUGGCUUUAGAAGCUUCUGAUCGGCUAAUUGACAUCAUUUGAGUCAAUUGGAGGUGUACCUCUGGAAUUUUCCAAGCUGUUUAAAGGCACAGUCAACUUAGUGUAUAUAAACUUCUGACCCACUGGAAUUGUGAUACAUUAAUUAUAAGUGAAAUAAUCUGUCUGUAAACAAUUGUUGGAAAAAUUACUUGUGUCAUGCACAAAGUAGAUGUCCUAACUGACUUGCCAAAACUAUAGUUUGUUAACAAGAAAUUUGUGGAAUGGUUGAAAAACAACUUUUAAUGACUCCAACCUAAGUGUAUGUAAACUUCCGACUUCAAACUGUAUAUUGUAUGUGUAAAUAAGUGAUGAUGAGUAGCUAUUUCUCUACCUGUAAACAUACAGUAUUUUAAUGCAUUUUUCUCUCUCCUCAGUUCACAGCGUCAUCCUGGUUGGCAAACUAUAGUUUAUUAUGUCAGCCUGUGGACUACAGCACCAGCCCACUGGCAAUGCGGGUAACUCAUAUCAUCCACUGCAAUGCCUUGCAAUUGCCUUAAUGUACAUAUACUGUAUGUCAAUUAUUUCUAACCUAAAACUACUGCUGAAAUGUAUCUUCUUUGUGUUCUGAACAGAUGGCAAAGGUCUGUUGGUGGUUUUACUUCUCCAAAGUCAUCGAGCUCAGUGAUACUGUAAGUACACUUCGGGGAUUCUACUAUCCCAGGUUGAAACAAAAACUGUGUAAGCAGCACCACUUGGGCUAUUAUUACAUCUCUUCUAUCAAGACAUCUAUUAUGUGCUGUCUUCUGUCUAUGUGACUGUGGCUAAUUGUGUUUCUUGUCAUAUUCUUGUAUAUCUGUCAUGUUUGAUAAAUAAAUAAAAUAUGACACGUCUCUUACAGCUUUUCUUCAUCCUGAGGAAGAAGAACAGUCAGCUGACGUUCCUGCAUGUCUACCACCACGGCACCAUGAUCUUCAACUGGUGGGCUGGGGUCAAGUACGUGGCAGGAGGCCAGUGUAAGUGUUGUCAUAUUCACAUUACUACAGCAGGGAUGGUGUUUCAUUUACCCGGUGUUAGACCCUGACAAUUCUCUCCUGUAUGUGGCACAGCGGUCUCCCGAGUGGCGCAGCGGUCUAAGGCACUGCAUCUCAGUGCUUGAGGUGUCACUACAGACCCCCUGGUUCGAUUCCAGGCUGUAUCACAACCGGCCGUAAUUGGGAGUCCCGUAGGGCGGCGCACAAUUGGCCCAGCGUCGUCCCGGUUUCGAACGGUGUAGGCCGUCAUUGCAAAUAAGAAUUUGUUCUUAACUGACUUGCCUAGUUAAAUAAAGGUAAAAUAAAAAAAAUAAUACAAAAUGUAACAGUAUGGCACUGCACAAUCUAUUUCUUGUGUCUGCUUACUGCUCAGUCUUGGUUGAAAGAAUGAUUAGGCUAUUCAUACUUGUUCUGUAGGUGACAUACAGUACACCCACCCACACACUGAAAUGCACCUGACAUUUCAAUGAAUCUGGAACACAUGCCGUGAUACCUACAGUGUCCUUGGAACUGUUUCACACCCCUGCUAUUUGAAAAGGACAUUUGCAGUGGUCAAAGCAGUGAUCAAAAUAGACCAGCCAGGAACAGAACGGCCAGGAUUAAGACACGUUUUUGGCACUAAGAUGCUCUAUAAUGUGUUUAAAAUGGCGGUGAGUUUGCAGAAAACAGCUGGCGAAGCAUUUUAGGGCAGCAUUUGCCCUCCUUUUGGUUUAAAGAUAGUCAACACAGCCUGGCUAUUUAUUUUCACAUUGCACAUACUAAGAUGGGCAGAUGGGUUGUUAGUUACACCUUGAGAUAAAAUAAAGGACGAAUCAUGACCUUGUUAUUCAAUCAAAGAACCCAGCUUUAGAAACAAGUUAUAAACAACUGACCUUGUAAUAAAUGAAGAACUGCUAUAAACAUAUCACUGAAUGAAUAGCCCAUUCUCGGUGUGUAUUGUGUGUUCUCCUCCCUCCAGCCUUCCUUAUAGGCCUUAUCAACUCAUUGGUGCAUGUGGUGAUGUAUCUAUACUAUGGGCUGGCAGCGCUGGGGCCUCACAUGCAGCAAUAUCUGUGGUGGAAGCGCUACCUCACCUCCCUGCAACUGGUGAGUAGAUUGGCCUUGAUGCAGAGCAUCUGUUACAGUAUUGCUGCCUCCCAAAUGGCACCCAUACAGUACAUUCUCUAGAGUCUAGAUAAUACACAUUUACAUUUACUUUACAUCCUAUAGGGGAUUUUACCCUAAGAUCCUCAAAGUGCUUUAAAACCCCUUUAAUGUUAAGUCCCCUAUAUUACCGGUUCUGGACCGGUUCUGACUGACAUUUUGGUGUACAAAGCGCUGUGAAAGUCGUAGGGUCCAGUUUCUUAUAGUGCCAGAAGCCCCAUUUGUCUGCUCUCCACUACCAAGUGUCAGGUUUCAGACCCAACAUUUGCAUAGGGAGUGACGUGUCACAUGUUCUGGCCUAUCCAGACAAAGAAUAGAUUUGCUCUCCCUCUGAGCAACUGAGCCCAGCCAGGGAGACAUAUUAAAUGGGACAGUCUAGCGAUUUCAGCAAUCGUGGUUGCAUCUCACUGAUGUUCUCAGCUGGAUUUAGAGCUCUCAACAUGAAAACAUUAUAAAUAAUUUCAUAGAAUUGAAACACGACCACUUUCUUUUGGUCACAGAGGGACAAAAUCACUUUGUGCGUAAAGCUGAAGUUGUAACGAGUCUGCAGCAAUUCGAAUGGCGUUGCUCAGAGGAGGGUUGGCAGAAAAUGCUCUGUCUUCAGUUAUAUGAAAUGGGGCCAAAUAUGUACUGUCACUAAAUAUGAUCAUAUUUAUGUUACAGUUAUAAGAAAUAUUAAAUCUUAUAGUAAGUUGUUUAUAAUUUGAUUUAUUUAGAAAGCAAUUCAGUCAUUUCAAGCCCUAUUCCCCCACUUUUGUUGAAUAUAUUUUUUUAGUAAGUACACUUCAGCAAUGUAUAACUGCAUUCUCAUGAAAGAUUAUUACUUUUGUAUAUGUCUAUUUUGGCGGAAAUCUACAUUUUGCAUUAUCAGCUGGAAUCCUUAAUUGAAACAAUAACAAAGCUGUCUUCCCACCUGUGUUUUGGUAAAAAGCUGAGGGAUGGGCCUGGAGAAAUGUAACCACUCUCAAAUUCAAAGCGAGAGCUAUGUAUGCAAGGACUGACCAUCCAUGAUAUAAAAAUUAUAGUUUUAACCUUGUUGAGGCUAUAGAGUGUUUGUUUACAUUUACUUUGUUUACAAACAUUGGAGUUUAACAAGCGUACAUUUUGGGUUCUGAUGGGGUACGACAGUUGAACUAAGCUCAUGGUGUGAUGAGGUGGUGUUGAAGUAGUCAGGCGCAGGAGGGUAAAUCACAGAAUAACAGGCUUUAAUCCGCAAAAUACAGGUUUACGCAGAACUGCGUCAAACAUACUCCAGGGCACAAAACAGGUGCACUGGAAAAUACAAGGCACACAGGAAAAUACUCCCGUCGAACAAAAUACACGAGCUCCACAAUAAACAAUCACCUACAAGGACAAGGGGACAGAGAGAAUACUUAUACACAGAUUAAUUAGGGGAUUAGAACCAGGUGUGUGUGAUAACGACACAAGACAAUGGUCGGCAGUGGUUAGUACUCCGGUGACGACGAACGCCGAAGCCUGCCCGAACAAGGAGGGGAGGCAGCCUCGGCCGAAGUCAUGGACGUGAACUGGGGACAUCGGUCGGACAUGAUAUCCUCUGGCACCCCGUAGUGCUGGAAGACGUGAGUAAACAGGGCCUCCGCAGUCUGCAAGGCCAUGGGGAGACCGGGCAGAGGAAGGAGGCGGCAGGACUUGGAGAAGCGGUCCACAACGACCAGGAUGGUGGUGUUACCUUGGUAGAGGGGAAGAUCAGUCAGAAAAUCAAUACCAAGAUGAGACCAUGGUCGUUGUGGAACUGGUAAUGGUUGCAGCUUACCCGUUGGGAGGUGCCUAGGUGCCUUACUCUGGGCGCACACCGAUCAGCAGGAGACGUACACUCUCACUUCCUUAGCCAAGGUAGGCCACCAGUACUUUCCGCUCAAGCAGCGCACUGUACGACCGAUACCUGGGUGACCAGAGGAGGGUGACGUGUGUACCCAGAAGAUCAGACAAUCACGGAUAAGAGCAGGCACGUACCGCAGCCCAGCUGGACACUGCGGUGGAAAUGGAUCUGUGCGUAAUGCCUGCUCUAUAUCCGCGUCCAUACUACCGGUGCCACAAUGCUGGUGGCCGGGAGUAUGGGGGUGUUGUCUCUGGGCCUCUCUUCUGUGUCAUACAGCUGGGAUAGUGCGUCUGCCUUCACGUUCUUCGUACCCGGAAUGUAUGAUAGUGUAAAAUCAAACCGGGUGAAGAAUAGGGCCCACCUGGCCUGGAGAGGAUUCAGCCUCCUCGCUGCCCGGAUGUACUCCAGGUUACUGUGGUCUGUCCAGACGAGGAAAGGGUGUUUCGCCCCUUCGAGCCAAUGCCUCCACACGUUCAAGACUCGGACAACAGCUAACAGCUCCCGAUCACCAACGUCGUAGUUCUGCUCCGCCGGGCUGAGCUUCUUAGAGAAGAAGGCACAGGGGCGGAGCUUGGGUGGCGUACCCGAGCAUUGAGACAGGACAGCUCCUAUCCCAACCACGGACGCAUCCACCUCCACUACGAACGGUAGUGAUGAAUCGGGGUGGGUCAGUACUGGGGCUGAGGUGAACAGACCCCGCAGUUUGCUGAAGGCCAGGUCAGCCUCAGCAGACCAGCGGAGCCGGUAAGGCCCACCCUUCAACAGGGAGGUAAUGGGAGCUGCGACCUUGCCAAAGCCCCGGAUAAACCUCCGAUAGUAGUUGGCAAAGCCAAGGAAGCGCUGCACCUCCUUAACCGUGGUUGGAGUCGGCUAAUUACGCAUGGCUGAAAUGCGAUCUCCCUCCAUCUCCACACCUGAGGUGGAAAUGCAUUAUCCAAGGAAGGAGACGGACUGCUGGAAAAACAUACACUUCUCUGCCUUAGCAUAAAGGUCAUUUUCCAACAGUCGGGCCAGCACCUUGCGAACAAGGGACACAUGCUCGGCGCGCGUAGCGGAAUACACCAGGAUGUCAUCGAUGUAGACCACUACACCGCGACCAAGCAUGUCCCGAAACACCUCGUUCACAAAGGAUUGGAAAACUGAGGGAGCAUUCAUCAAACCAUAGGGCAUCACCAGGUAUUCAUAAUGCCCCGUGGUUGUGCUGAAUACUGUCUUCCACUCAUCUCCCUCCCGGAUACGCACCAGGUUGUACGCACUCCUGAGAUCUAAUUUGGUGAAGAAGCGCACUCCAUGCAUUGAUUCAAUCACCGAAGGAAUGAGGGGGAGAGGAUAACUAAAUCUUAUCGUCUCCCUGUUCAGUGGUCGAUAAUCAAUGCACGGGCGCAGACCUCCAUUCUUCUUCUUCACAAAGAAGAAACACGAGGAGGCGGGUGAAGUGGAGGGACGUAUAUACCCCUGGCGCAGGGACUCGGUGACAUAGGUUUCCAUAGCCACCGUUUCAGCCUGUGACAGGGGGUAUAUAUGACUACUGGGAGGUACAGCGUCUACCUGGAGGUUUAUCGCACAAUCCCCCGCCCGAUGAGGUGGUAAUUUAGUCGCCUGCGUUUUAGAGAACGCUUGCGCCAGAUCGAGGUAGUCAGGGGGAAUGCGCACGGUGGGAGUACUGUCUGGACUUUCCACCGUGGUUGCACCAACGGAAACAUCUAGAUACCUACCCUGACACUCUCGCGACCACCCCGUGAGAGCCCUCUGCGGCCAUGAGAAGGUGGGGUUGUGGAGUGCUAUCCAAGGGAUACCUAAUACCACAGGGAAAGCAGGAGAUUCAAUAAUCAAAAAAAUAACCUGCUCAAAAUGAGUCUCCUGGGUGAUCAUGUAGACUGGUAUCGUGACUUCCGUAACAAACCCAGACCCUAUUGGUCGACUAUCGAGUGCUCUGAUGGGGAGUGGAAUGGAUAGGGGAACCAAUGUUAUGCCUUGACGGCGUGCGAAUGCCCUGUCCAUAAAGUUCCCAGCUGCGCCUUAAUCGACUAGCGCCUUACAUUGGGGAACUACCAUGAGAUCAGGUAAGUGGAUAGGUAGGGUACAGUGCGCAGCAGAGGGCUCUGAACAAGUGUGGGUGUUCGAUACCUAGGGUGAUGCGUGAGUGCCCUGCCUGCCGCCUCCCGGCCCAAAAGAACGUUGACUACGACGUGUAGUGUAUAGUGUAUUGGGCAGAGGGAACACUUAUACACAGACUAAUUAGGGGAUUAGAACCAGGUGUGUGUGAUAACGAGACAAGACAAUUUUGAUGAUGAUUGGGGCGGCAGUGGUUAGUACUCCGGUGACGACGAACGCCGAAGCCUGCCCGAACAAGGAGGGGAGGCAGCCUCGGCCGAAGUCGUGACACAUGGGGCAUGUAUAAGUUAUAUUCUUCAAGAAUCAAUGGGUAUAUAUAAUUAAUUUAAGUCAAAAAAUGGAUGUAGCAACUAAGGAUUCUACCUUUAACCUUCAGUGUCAUGUCAGGAUGCAAGCUCAUUAACUUGUGGUUGAUCUGAGUGGUCAAUGGAAGCCUUGUUAACAUGGUUAGGUCUGGGACAUAAUGAACAUUAGAUCAUCACUAACCCUACUAACCCUGAAGCCUUACUGGAAGACCCCAGUUAAUAACUGUUGUGUGAAGACAAUAGGAUCAUACUGUAUGUACUGUAUGAAGCUGCAUCAGUGCUGAAUACGUUAACUCUUUUUAUGGGCUCUACAACUGUGUAUUUUCAAUGUGGUCACACUAGAAGCCGACAACUGAGCUUUCUUCUUAUUGACACUGGUUAUGUUGACCCUCUCUGUCUGUGACCCCAGCUCCAGUUCUUCAUUGUGACCAUCCACACCACCUACAACCUGUUCACUGACUGCGACUUCCCAGACUCCAUGAACGCUGUGGUGUUUGCCUACUCCCUCAGCCUCAUCACGCUCUUCAGAAACUUCUACUACCAGAGCUACCUCACCAAGAAGAGCAAACAGACAUGA